GGCAGCAUCGGUCUUUCGCUCUGCACAAUAAAGGGAAAACCACCUGCGUGUUAACACGGACUCCAGGGUGAAACCUUUCCCACGGAUGUCCUCCGGUUUGCUUGCUGUCCAGAAAAGCUGAAAAGACUCGCGCAGACCAGCCAGGGAUGCCAAAUUGUCGUGGAAAUUAGACAACACUCGCAAACUCGUCCUCUGAAGCUGUUCUCCAUGUGGCUCUUCCCUGGUGGUGUUUGUGUGUCUUCACAUGUUGCACUGUCAACUGAAUAUACGGCAAACUUCAUAGUUCCUAUCCUUCAAGUUGCCACAGGAGGGCACAAGAAGUGCUGUACACCUAAAGUCAUCUACCUCCCCUUUCCCUUCAGGUGUAGGUCUCAUCUCAGCCAUCUUCUGAUACAAUGGCCGCUAGUGAUAUUAAAGUGAAGGAGCUGGACAAACGGGCCUCAGGGCAGGCCUUUGAGGUCAUUCUGCGUGAUCCUGCCCGAAAAGCAAAAGGAGACUUCCCCUUCUCUCGUCAGAAGAAAAAGGAUUGGUCACUGGAGGAAAUCCAGAAGAAACUGGAAGCAGCUGAAGAAAGGCGCAAGUCCCAUGAAGCUGAAUUUCUGAAGCACUUGGCUGAGAAGCGUGAGCAUGAAAAGGAGGUACAGCAGAAAGCUCUGGAGGAGAACAACCACUUCAGCAAGAUGGCGGAGGAGAAACUUAAUCAGAAAAUGGAAGCCACUAAAGAGAAGCGUACAGCAAUAAUGGCAGCCAUGACUGAGAAGUUCAAAGGGAAGGGGAAGAAGCUGGAAGAGGUCUGUAAAAACAAGGAGAACAAAUAUUUGAUGAAAAUAAUGUGA